CACAACCCACUUUCUUUCCAACAUCAGAGCAUCAACAAAUAUGCCUUCAGUAAGAUACUACAACCAGACAGCUCCCUUCUGGGACUUUGUCGCCUCUCUAGAGGAACAAGGCAGCACUCGCCAUCCAGAGGAGGGCUCCGACAACGAACAAGAAAACGAACAUCGAAACUCGUGGUCAAACGGCUGGGCUGGGUUCCCUUGGGGACCAUUCCCUCACCGUGGACGCCACGGUCCACCACCGCCACCGCCACCGCCACCACCACACCCACAUCAUGGUCCACCACCACAUCACGAAGGUCCACCACCGCCUCCUCCACCCCACGAGGAUGAGGAUGCCCCAGAAGCCGGUCCAUCCGACCCAAGAGGUCCACCACCACCCUUCCCUUCAUCCCCAGAAGAAGGACGCCGCCCCGGUCGUCACGGACACCACGGUCCCGGCCCACGUCGAGGUCCAUGUGGACGCGGAGGUCGAGCCUGGGCCCGCGGCGGUCGAGGCCACUUCCACCCAUACACCGGAAUAGGAGGUCCCUUCAGCGCCUGGACCAACAUGUUCCAAGAGCACCUAAACCCAUUCGCCGAAAACAACCCCGACAAUAAGAACCAAGAUCACAAACCCGACGCAGACGUCUUCGACACACCCGAAGCCUUCGUGGUCCACAUCUCCCUUCCAGGAGCGAAAAAAGAAGACAUAUCCGUAAAUUGGGAUGCGGAAAAAUCCGAACUCAGCAUCACUGGAGUCACCUACCGUCCCGGAGACGAAGAGUUUUUGAAAACGCUUGCGCUUGAUGAGCGUAAGGUCGGGGCUUUCGAGCGGAAGCUGCGAUUGGGGAGUCGAGCUAACCCGGCGCAAGUCGACGUCGAUGGGAUCACUGCGAGGUUGGAGGAUGGGAUUUUGAGGAUUGAAGUUCCAAAGUUGGAUUCGGGAUAUGUGGAAAUUAGGAAGGUUGAUGUUGAGUGAUGGGAAGAAGAAUGGGGGAGAGGAGGAGGGGAAGGUAAGUAAUAAUUAAGAAGGAAAAAAAAGAAUCAUCCCUCUCAGAACACAGAACAGUCUCAGAUGAGCUUUGUAUAUACCUAAUUUUCAGCUGUGAGAUACCCAUGAUGCAAAUCGUCUUCAUUC